CUCUCUCUCUAUCUCAUUAUAUCUCAUUCUCAUAACCCAUCAUCAGUUUCUCUCUUUACUUCUCUGACAUACUAUCUAGCUCUCAUUUGUCUUUCAGGGUCUUUUUCUUUCCCCUCAUUCUAUUCUAGUAUUCUCAGUCAAUUCAAGUUCCUUCUUCUGACACACCUCAAGCUUCAGUUAAUUAACAAUGUCAAGCAGAAGAUCCUCUCGUUCGCGGCAGUCGGGUACGUCCAGGAAUAUCAGCGAUGAGCAGAUCACUGAUCUCGUAUCCAAGUUACAGCAGCUUCUUCCUGAGAUUCGCAAUAGGCGCUCCGACAAGGUCUCAGCGUCCAAGGUCCUCCAGGAGACUUGCAACUAUAUCAAAAAUUUGCACAGAGAGGUGGAUGACCUAAGUGACCGGUUAUCGGAGCUUUUGGCUUCAACAGACAUGGACAGCGACCAAGCAGCCAUUAUUAGGAGCUUACUUAUGUGAUACUUUUGGAGCUUCCUAAUUAAUCAAGUUCAGUAGUUAUUAAUAUUAUAUUAUUCUCUUUUUGUCAUGAGCCUUUGAUCUUUCUGCCUAGCUACCUAGCUAGCUAGGGUUUGCUCAUUAGGCCAGAAGAAAGACUAUUUAUAUAUAUAUAUAUAUAUAUAUAGCUAGUUUGGUGUUGCUACUCUUCAUGUCGACGGUAUCGCUUUUACAGCGACUUGCACUUGUAGCACGUAAUUAACUAUAUAAUAAUAAAAUGAACUUUUAGAGAGUUCUAAUUCUA